UAGUUUGAAGGAUAGAUCCACAGAUUCGGGAUCCAAACGGAUCUCAGAUGAUGUCAAACGCAGCCUUAUUGAUUGGUUCGGACCUAUGUCCGCCGUCUCCGCGGAGAGCGGUCUAUCCAUUUUCUUCUCUCCGUCGGUACCCCGAAGCCGGAGCAGCGAGGCCGUCCAGUGCCCGUGGCCGGGCAAGCGAGCAGUUGGUCGGAGGACUUCAGUUUCUCGAGGGGACCCCUAGGCUUCAUCCAUCUGCACCGCCCGCUAGCCCAUCGAUCAGGAUGACGGUGGCGCUUCAUUCGUUGGGUUCGCCCUGUCUUUACUCUCCUGCGGGCGAUUCCCAUCCUUCUGUCAGUUGCACGAACAAGGUCUUCGUCGGAUUGAGGCCCCAUUCGACUGGGAAACCUAAUUUGACUGUUGAGUUCCAUGAUAAGGUGCAACAAAGUCUUAAAUCAAGUGGUAUAAGCAGGAAAGCAACACGUGCACGUGUUAAAAUGAUGCCAAUUGGGACACCUAGAGUGCCAUAUAGAACUCCUGGUGAAGGUUCAUGGCAAUGGGUUGAUUUGUGGAAUGCACUUUAUAGGGAGCGGGUCAUCUUUAUUGGGCAACAUAUUGAUGAGGAAUUCAGUAAUCAAAUACUGGCGACAAUGCUUUACCUAGAUAGCUUGGAAUCGUCAGAGAAACUUUACUUAUAUAUCAAUGGUCCUGGUGGCGAUUUAACCCCCAGCAUGGCGAUAUAUGAUACUAUCCAGAGCUUAAAGAGUGCUGUUGGCACAAGGUGUGUUGGCUAUGCUUAUAAUAUGGCAGGGUUUCUUCUUGCAGCUGGAGAGAAGGGUAGUCGUCUUGCCAUGCCUCUGUCAAGAAUUGCUCUGCAGUCACCUGCUGGGUCUGCUCGUGGCCAGGCUGAUGAUAUUCAAAAUGAAGCCAAUGAGCUCAUUAGAAUUAGGGACUACCUAUUCCAGGAACUAGCUACAAAGACUGGACAACCUGUAGAAAAGGUACAUAAGGAUCUUAGUCGGAUGAAGCGCUUCAAUGCCCAGGAGGCUCUGGAGUAUGGGCUAAUUGACCGCAUAAUCAGGCCGUCUCGUGCAAAGGCCGAUCCUCCCCGCAGGGAACCAGCAGGCGGUCUUGGUUAAAGGUUUCUCACAGGAUUUACAUUUGUAAAGAUUGGAGAUGAAAAAUUUUCCCAACAUGCAUUCUCUUUCAGAGCGAGAGAAAGAAUUAUUAACUACUUCUACGCUUGUGGUUCCUGAUCCAUUGUUAAAAUGGUGAAUUCCAGUUUUGCUUAGGCCA